AUGCCGUUCGCGGACAAGGCGUUCAAGCUCCUGAAGGCGGCCGAGAGCCAGGGAGGCAUCAAGAUGUCCAAGUCAUGGGGCAACCUCGCGCGCGCGCGACUGGAUAACACAGGAGCGAGCCAACAAGCCCAGCAAGGCGCGGCGAAGACGAUCGAGUGGUUCCAGGGCGGCCCCCCCGUGCCGGACAACGCCUUCUCCUUCGUCGUCGGGCAGUGGGAGAGCGCGGGGCACGCCCGCAGUGCCCGGAGCUCCGCCCACGCCCUCGCCCUCACGCCCGAGGGCCCCCGCGAGCGGCACCGCCGCCGCUCGUCCCUGUCCGAGGCCGCAGCGCUCGCCACGGGCGUCGCGAGGUCGGUCGGGGGCCGCUCGCUCGCAGGAUCACUGACCGAGUCGUCCGAGAGCGGCGGGUGCGACGAACCGGUGCCGCGCGGCGUCCAGUACCUCAUGAUGCCGCAGCUCGCCCCGGGCGUCAAGUCCGGCCGCGUCACAACGUGGCUCGUCCGCCCGGGCGACCCCGUGAGGCCGCGCAGCGCCGUCGCGGUGAUCGAGACCUCCACGUGGGCGCCGACGGCGGACCGCGCGAGCGGGGACGGCGCGGAGAGGCCCAAGGCGGCGCUCGUGCCGACGACGGUGCUCCUCGAGGUGCAGUGCGAGUGCGUGAUGGCGCUGGCGCUGGCGGCGGAGGGAGUCGAGCUGUCCGUCGGGACGCCGAUCGCCGCGGUGGUGCUCGAGGGCACGGAGUGGACGGGGUACGGCGGCGAGACGGGCCCGACGGCGGUGUCGAACGCGACCGAGGGCGCCGCGGCGCUCCGCGUGUGCGGGCACUGUUGUCCGUUUAGCGACCUGUUGGACCGCGACGUGCCGCGGGAGACGCUCGCGCCGUGGCGGACGCGCGUGUACGAGGACGGCGAGGCCGCGGGCGGCGCGACGGCGUGGCACGCGGAGAUCGGGAGGAUCGUAUCGCGCAGCGGCAGCCCGGGGCUGCCGUGGGGGGGGAGUCCCGGGCCGUCGCGGACGUCGAGCCCGGGGCUGCCGCUCCGGGCGGGGCCGAGCAGGCUGCGGCAGUCGCGCAACUCGUUGGACGCGCCGCCGCCGCGCCUGAGGGCGAGGGGAGUGCGGUUCGCAGCGGACAUGGAUGUGCAGGAGGGGGGGAGUGAGGAGGAGCCGCCGGGAUGA